UUUACGUUAGUCUGUUUCAGAGGGAGGACUGCAGGUGCAACAAGAUUUUGACAUGUAAAUAAAUCUAGCUGGCAAGCUAGCUAGCUAACAGUAUUCUGUUUCUGAUUAGUAGCAUUUACUCAAACCAAUUAGUUGUAGCUACAUUUACUCAAACCAACCUUUCAUUGAUGUAUUGCAAAUACGUAUGUUUAUUGCUCACUGCAUACCAGUUUGUCUAGUUAGCUAGCUAGCUAGCGUCUGAAAAUGAUAUACCACAUCCCCUGGAUAUAUUUGCCAAUAAGGACUGCCCUAGCAAUCUGGCACCAGCUGACAAAGUCUGAGAUCCCAGAGCUGGCCAAGGCCUCUGUGCUGAUGAGGGACCGCAGCAGAGUGGAGGAGACCAUACAGGCCAUGCAACGAGCCGGGCCAGAUGCCCUCCAGGUGAUCUCGGACUUUGACAUGACCCUCAGCAGAUUUGCCCACAACGGGAAGAGGUGCCCCACCACUCACAAUAUCCUGGAUAACGACUUGCUCAUCAAUGACGCCUGUAAGAAAAUGAUUAGGGAGUUGUUGAAUACCUACUACCCCAUUGAGAUCGACGCAACUCGCACCGUUGAGGAGAAGCUUCCUCACAUGGUGGAGUGGUGGACCAGUGUCCAUGAGCUGCUGAUCCAACAGAAGAUCAGGAGGGACCUGCUGGCUCAGGCAGUGAAGCAGUCCAGUGCCAUGCUCAGGGAGGGCUACAAGGUGUUCUUCGACCGGCUGCAGGAGCAGCAGGUUCCUCUGUUGAUCUUCUCGGCUGGCUUGGGGGACAUCCUGGAGGAAGUGAUCAGACAGAACCACGUCUUCCACCCCAACGUCCACGUCAUCUCCAACUACAUGGACUUUGACCAGAGCGGUGUACUGCGGGCAUUCAAAGGCCAGUUGAUCCACACGUUCAACAAGCGAGAGGGCGCUCUGCUCCACGCGGCCCACUUCAGGGAGCUCAAAGAGCGGCCCAACGUGCUACUGCUAGGGGACUCUCUGGGAGACCUCACCAUGGCCGAUGGGGUGGCCCACACUCRGCACGCCCUCACCAUAGGCUUCCUCAAUGACCAGGUGGAGGAGAGGAAAGAGUCAUACGUCAACUCAUACGACAUCGUCCUGGUCAAGGAUGAAACCAUGGACGUCCCCAACGCCAUCCUCAACUACAUCACCACUGCGCCGGCCAAGUGAACCGCCGUGAGGACGCAACGAAUCACGGGCCAAAAGUUAACCUCGGGUCAGGUUACUUCCCGUUUGCACAGGCGUCAGGAAUCAACCGCCUUGAUGGCCGACAUCACAAAGAGAGGAAAUUGACCCUUUGUUGACCUUUACAGAGCUGCACGCACCGCAAUUAUUAUAGCGCCACAAUAAUCCUCAGGCACCUUCAAACCAAUUCAACACCUCAGUGACAUUAUUUUAAAUGAAAUCACCUUGUUUCAUGUGUGGGGUUGGUGCUGCAAAUCCCAUCCACCGAAGCCCCUUGAUUCUGUUAACUUAAUGUUUGUACCUAUUUACUGUAUGUUUCUAUGGUCUCUCUAAGGACAAGCAGCUCCUUCCAUUUGGAGAAGUGGUUGAUUUUGUAACUUUAAGUUAAAGGCCAGUAUUCUGAUCUCGCUUUGUCAGCUAUGCGCCUUUUAAAGGUAAUUUCCGAUUGAGCCGACAUGUGCGGCAUUUACCGUGAAUGCCGUCUCCGCGCGGUUAUGGGAGAAGGUUAUGACGCUAUUCACUUUAUUUCCCAAGGCGCAGGGCUGUGUAACGAGCAUACACUGUAUAAGCUGCUGUAUCGCCCAGUAAGUAUUCUAACACGUGAGAGAGUUGAUCAGUGAUAGUGUGUGUGUGUGUAUAUGAGACUAGUCUUAAUCUAAAUGUAUUAAUUUGUGUAUAUCUAUACCCAUCCUCUAAUUUGUGAGGCGCAAUUAUUUUGUGAUUGUCAAGUGUGGAUGCUGCCCUAUGCACAUUUGACCAAAUGUAGUAUAUAAAUGUAUUUAUUUGGUUGAACAAGUACUGUAACAGAUGAAAURGUUACCUCACGAGUCACUGUGGGAGUUCAGUGGCAAAUGCUUAUGCUGCUAGGAAAGCUUUCCUUGACAAUUAAAGGGAUAGUUCACCUAAAUGUAAUAUGUUCAUGCAAAUUAUGACAUUUGGGAGAAAUGUCCCUCUAACCACUAUUUWGCUUUYUUUUUUUUUUACAGAGGUAUUGGUUUCCUUGUAGGCAGGUACUUUUAAACUGGAUGUCUACAUAAGCUGAGAUUUCCCGGCAUCCUAAAACAAUAUUGAAGAAUAGUGCUUUAACUAUUGUUCACAUUUCGAUUGUAUGUUUUGCCUGUAUUUAACCAGGUAUGUCGUUGAGAACACUUGUCUUUUGCAUUACCAACGUACUAUCUCAAGACCUAACGAAGAGUGAAGACAGUUGUGAACAAAACAAGAUGUGUUAUUUUGUGGUUUUUAAUCUACAUUUUAAAGACUUUCCAAUACUGCCACCUAGCGGGCAUGUUCAGUUUAUAACAUUUGAUUAGUCUGACAAUCACACCCUGCAAAAAAAAAGAGAUGUUUAUUUUUCUAAAAAUGGUUUUAUUGGUGUAAACAUCAGAUCAGGAACAUACGGUGCUGGUUUGGUUGGUUGAUUUGUCAACACGUAAUUUUUUUAAACUUUUUAUUUUUUUUUUUAUUUAUUUUUU